UCCGUCCCCACCCCCUACCCGGCGGCCCAGGAGGCUCCCGGCGCGGCGGGCGCGGCGAGCGCGCACUCCCUGCUCCUCCUCCUCGCUGGCGCUGCCUGCCUCUCCGCACUCGCUGCUCGCGCCGGGCGCGCUCCGCCGGCUCCCUGCUCUCCGCGCCACCCUCCCCGGGCCGCGCUCCCUGAGGGAUGGUACUGAAUCUCGCCGCCACAGGAGCCCGGCUGGAGCGCCCGCCCCGCGGCCUCGCCUCCCCGCCGAGCCGCCAGCGCCUCGGGACGCGAUGAGGACCUGGGCUUGCCUGCUACUCCUCGGCUGCGGAUACCUCGCCCAUGCCCUGGCCGAGGAAGCCGAGAUCCCCCGCGAGGUGAUUGAGAGGCUGGCACACAGUCAGAUCCACAGCAUCCGGGACCUCCAGCGACUCCUGGAGAUAGACUCCGUAGGGGCCGAGGAUGCUUUGGAAGCAAGUCUGAGAGCCCACGGGGGCCAUGCCACCAAGCAUGCACCUGAGAAGCGGCCUGUGCCCAUUCGGAGGAAAAGAAGCAUUGAGGAGGCCAUCCCCGCGGUCUGCAAGACCAGGACGGUCAUUUAUGAGAUACCUCGGAGCCAGGUUGACCCCACGUCUGCCAACUUCCUGAUCUGGCCCCCGUGCGUGGAGGUGAAGCGCUGUGCGGGCUGCUGUAACACCAGCAGCGUCAAGUGCCAGCCUUCCCGCAUCCAUCACCGCAGCGUCAAGGUGGCCAAGGUGGAGUACAUCAGGAAGAAGCCAAAGUUAAAAGAAGUGCAGGUGCGGCUGGAGGAGCAUCUGGAAUGCACAUGCACGACCAGCGGCCUGAACCCAGAUCACCGGGAGGAGGAGACGGAUGUGAGGUGAGGACAAGCCAGCAGCCCUUCUCCGGGACACGGAUGUACAUGGCGUGUUACAUUCCUGAACCUACUACGUACGGUGCUCAUUGCCAGCGUGCGAUCUUUGUUCUCCUCCGUGAAAAACUGUCUCCAUGCGCACUCGGGAGAACAAAGAGACAGUAUACAUUUGUUUAAUGUGACAUCAAAGCAAGUAUUGUAGCACUCGGUGAAACAAUAAGAAGCUUCCUUGUCAAAAAGAGGGAGAGAGAGA